AUGCCCGGGGCCUGGCCGUGUCCCCGGAUCCCACGGGCCCGUGACGCCAGGCAGCCGGGGCUCUGUGCCCUGUGUUGGUUGGGGCCUGAGCUGCAGAAGUUUAGAAUCCCCAAAGGCCGCCUUGGCGUGACGAGAAUGGGAGACUUGUCCCUGCAGGACAUGAAGAGGUUCCUUCCUCGGGCCCUCGUAGAGCUGACCCCGCUCUGUGACGUCCCUGGCUUGGGCCUGAAGAGGUGGCAAAAUCUCCUGCAGAAACACCUUUUUGGUGUGCUCCCAGAUGCACUGCUAGAAGCUGACUGCAGAGUCCUCCCUGGCACCCAGGACCCGGUCCUUCAACCACUGCUGUCCUGUCUAGAAAAGAGAGGGGUGGACACAGAAGUCAUCCUCAGGGUGCCCGGAUCCCAGGCCAGGGUCAGGGGAGUCUGGAACAGUCUAGAAAGAGACUUCUAUGCUGGCCUUUUUAGCUGGGAUGAGGUUCCUCACAAUGACGCAUCAAAUUUGCUCAAAAGAUUCCUCCGAGAGCUCCCGGUGCCUCUGCUCAUUGCUGAGGACCUUUCGGCCCUCAGUGUGGUGUCCAAAAUCCCCAACCUGAAGCAGCGCCUGCAGUCUCUCCACCUGCUCAUCCCGAACCUCCCAGAACCCAACAGAAACACCCUGAAGGCGCUCCUGGAAUUCCUCAGAAAGGUGGUGGCCCAGGAGCAGAGCAACAAGAUGACGCUGUGGAACGUUUCCAUGGUGAUGGCCCCUAAUCUCUUCUUGCUCCAAGGAAGAUCCCCUGAACUCCCCAAGGACAAGAAGCAGCUGGCAGACGGGGCAGCUGGGGUGGUACGGAUGAUGGUGCACUACCAGGACCUGCUGUGGACGGUCGCCUCCUUCUUGGUCUCCCAGGUGCGAAAACUGAACGACAGCAGUGGCCGGCGCCCCCAGCUCUGCGACAGGGGCCUCAAGACUUGGCUGCGGAGGAUGCAUGUGGACCGAGACAAAGCGGGAGACGAGCCCCGCCUCAGCUGGGACGGAGAAAGGGGCGCAGGGCGUCACUGUCCUCCCACUCACUUCUGGCUGCCAGGCUGCCAGGAACGAGGCUUCCGCUGUAGGCCACCAGGAGGCGCCCGGGUCCCAUCGCAGCAGCCCCCUGUGUGCCUGGCCAAGCGGUGGGAAGGUGAGGGUCGCUUCGUGGGCUAUGAAUGCACGUGCACACAUGUGUUUUGGGGCCAGCAUUUUCCCACGUGGGACCAAAAGUCAGUGAGGACCUCCCUUCCCGGCCUGGGGUCCACAAGCAGUGGCUGGUCUUGCUGCCUCCAGAGGAGGCCAGCACGUUUCUUUUCUCUGUCUUGCAGCAACAGGUUCACAGAGUCAGCCAACAUCCUCCUCUAUAAAGUUGGAGGGAAUAUCAGUAAGCGUCGCCUGGACCCAGAUGCCUGCCUCUUGGAUCUGAACUGCACCAACCCCCAUGGAGAGUGGGUCAUUAAACAGAGGACAGGUUGCCCGCUUGCCUCGUCAUUGCUUCCUGGAGGAGCCGUGCCUGGGAGGCCAGAAGCACCCAGAAGUCAGCUCUGUGAGGGUGUUCAGCCCCCAGGGGAGUCUGCGCCUACACUGAGCUUGCCGAGUGACAGCACCACUUGGUGUCCCUGGAUCUCUGUGGACUUUUGUACGCGACUCACAGCCCCGAGGAGAGCUGAAAGUGCAGCACCUCUGUCAAGAAGCAGUUGUUUUUCUAGGAAAACUUGCUUUGAAAGUAACACUGCAGAGGAAACCAGGAGGGCUCUGUGACCUUGAGCAGGCUCCUUCCCCUCUCUGAUCCCUUGGAAAGAUGAGGCGGUUGGGUUUAAGGGAGCGGGGAGCAAAUGCUGGGGCCACGAAGAGCCCUUAGGGGCUGGGAAGAGGAAGAACUUCCCUUCAAAGGUUUCACGUUUUCAA